AUGUACUUUGUUUAUUUUGCAUCUUUAAUAUGUCUAUUAGCAGCUCAAGGAGAAGAAGAAUCUAUUGAGGAUGAUGAAUUCUUAAAUCAACCACCUGAUGAAGAAAGUUCAUUUGCUCAUCCAUUGCAUAGAACUUAUUUAAAGGAUUCCUAUUGUAUGGAUGGUACAAAAGCUGCUGCUUAUGUUUUUGAAGGCAGCACUGAUGAUUUAGUUAUGUAUUUCUAUUCUGGGGGAAUCUGUGUUUAAGAUAGCACAAAAUUUCUAAAAUAUGGAGAUUAUGCUUACAUUGACAAUUGCACACAUCGAAAUUCUACAUUUUAUGGAACUAGCAACGGGUAUCCAGAAGAAUUCAAUGCAAAUUAAGGUUUAAUGGGAAAUACUCAAUAUUAGAAUGUACAUCUUAGAAAAGCACACAAAAUGUUCUUAAUGUAUUGUGAUGGUAGUAUGUGGCAUAAACAAAUGAAUCCAGAAGCCUUUAAAGGAGCACUAUCAUAAAUGAAGUUAAUUCCUAAAAGGAUCAUUUUAGCAGGUUCUGGAGUUGGAGGAUGGUAUUUAGUUAAUAAAUAUAAUGAAUUAAGAACAGCCAUUAAAGAGUUUUAUUCAGAAGAUGUUGAAUUAAGAAUCCUUCUUGAUAGUGUCAUUUUUGAUAUCUCUAGAAAUCAAGAGAUUCUAGAUGCAUAUACUGAGGUCACAUAAAGAGUAGGUAUUACAAUCAAUGAUAUCUUCUCUUUUGAUGCUCUUCGAAAGGUGGAUGUCCCAACUUUUAUAGUACAUUCUUAAUAUGACUGGUGGUAAUUAGAAGUUAAUGACCGUUUUGAAUGUAUAGGGAAAAUCCAUUUAGAUAAAUGCACUCCUAAAGAGAAGAAAUAAAUUGAGAAGAUAAGAUCAGGCAUUUUAUAGGAAUUGAAAGAUUUGAUGAAAGCUAAACCAGACUGGGGAUUAUGGGCAAUAAGUUGUGUGUUUAAUGAGAUGGUCAUCUGGACUGAAGCCUGGAAUCACCCAAAGUUCUAAAUUCCUAUGGCUACUGGAGGAAAACUGUCUGAUAAAUUUUAAGAGUAAAAUAUUUGCUUAGUAUUUAGUUGGCUUGAGAAUAGCGGUGAUAAUCAUGUACAUUAUGAUAUUGUACCAUGGCCAGAUAAUAAACCAUGUAGCAAUAUCUUUCAUAACGGCAAGACUGAUCCAUAAUUGGAUGAGAUGAUCAGGAAUUAUGAGAUAAAGGAGUCAAGGAGAAAGAGAGAAGAAAAAUAUGAUUUAUGA